CCGCCAGGCUCUCCGCCCGCCGCCCGCGCCCGGCCCCGGCGCCCCGGCCCGCCGCCCGCGCUUCAUGGCUGCGCACGAGUGGGACUGGUUCCAACGCGAGGAGCUCAUAGGGCAGAUCAGCGACAUCCGCGUCCAGAACCUGCAAGUCGAAAGGGAAAAUGUGCAGAAGAGGACCUUUACGCGAUGGGUAAACCUGCAUCUAGAGAAGUGCAACCCACCUCUAGAAGUUAAAGAUUUAUUCGUUGAUAUACAAGAUGGCAAAAUCCUAAUGGCUUUGUUAGAAGUCCUGUCUGGGCGAAAUCUGCUGCAAGAAUACAAAUCCUCAUCCCAUCGCAUUUUCCGGUUGAACAACAUAGCGAAAGCACUUAAGUUUUUGGAAGAUAGCAACGUUAAACUGGUUAGCAUCGACGCAGCAGAAAUAGCAGAUGGCAACCCCUCUCUGGUUCUUGGGCUGAUAUGGAACAUAAUCCUCUUUUUCCAGAUUAAGGAGCUCACGGGCAAUCUCAGCAGAAACUCUCCAUCUUCCAGCCUGUCGCCCGGCUCGGGGGGCACAGACUCCGACUCCUCCUUCCCACCCACGCCCACCACAGAGAGGAGCCUGGCGGUAGCAGUGAAGGAUCAGAGGAAGGCCAUCAGGACCCUGCUGGCGUGGGUGCAGAGGAAGACGAGGAAGUAUGGCGUGGCGGUGCAGGACUUUGCCGGCAGCUGGAGAAGCGGGAUGGCCUUCCUGGCGGUGAUCAAGGCCAUCGACCCCAGCCUGGUGGACAUGAAGCAGGCCCUGGAAGACUCCAUGCGGGAGAACCUGGAGAAGGCUUUCAGCAUCGCGCACGAGGCCCUCCACAUCCCCAGGCUCCUGGAGCCAGAAGACAUCAUGGUUGACACGCCAGACGAGCAGUCUAUCGUGACUUACGUGGCACAGUUUCUGGAACAUUUCCCGGAGCUGGAGGCCGAAGAUUUCAUGGAUUCAGAUAAAGAAGCCCCUAUUGAAUCCACCUUUGUCCGCAUCAAAGAAACUCCCUCUGAACAGGAGAGCACAGUGCUCCUUCUGACUGAAAACGGGGAGCGAGCCUACACUGUUAACCAUGAGGCCAGCCAACCACCACCCUCCAAAGUCUUUGUCUGUGACAAGCCCGAGAGCGAGAAAGAAUGCUUCCUUAGUGGUGUGUCCAGCCAUGCACUGUCAGACAGCUCCCCCGAGUUCACGCCCCAGAUCAUCGACCAGGCCCUCCAAGGGGUCCCAGGUAAGGCCAGCAGCACCAAUGACCCACCUCCAGAAUCUUCCAUUUUAUCAUCCAGAAAGGACAGCCGGAGGUCCAACUCUUUGCCCAUCAAGAAAACUGUGCACUUCGAGGCUGACACCUACAAAGAUGCUUCCUGCAGUAAGGACCCUUUCUACAGUCAAGACCUUCUCUUUGAAGGGAGCCCAAGAGGGACAAAGGACUCAUUGCCAAAGCAGGAUGGGUACAUCCUGGCAGUUGAGACUGCUGAGGAAAAGCCAAAACAGGAGGUUCCAAAAGGUUCAGAAGCAGCCUCUGAUGAGUCCCCAGGUGACAUCUCUUUGGUGGACGGUAAGAUCAAUCAUUUGCAGACUGCCCAGAGUUCUCCCUCCUGGAACGGGGAGCCAGAGGGUGCGGCCAGCCCUGGGGAGGAGAGUUGUCCACUUUCACCCUUCGGUGACAACACUGUUAUGGCUGAUUCCUUGGAGAUCAAGGUCAAGCUGCUGACCGUAGAAGCUAUGGGUAACGAAGACUAUUAUGAAGACGUUCCUUUAAAAGCCUCUACAUUUAACAAGGACCUCAUAGAUUUUGCCUCAACCAGCCAGGCUUUCAAGGAGGUUUCUUGGCCUCAUGAGAAAGAACCAGUGGAGGAGGAGGUUUUGGAGAAUCAGGCUGAGAAACUGGGGAAGAGGAGAAGUAAGUCUGCGCACCAGAGGAAAGGUUCGGAUGAGUCCCCGGAGAGGCCCAGUAAGCUUGAACCUCACAAGGACCCCAGGCAAGAAGACCAAGGCCAUUCUCUGGCCCCAGGAGGGGCUCCUGCUGAUACGAAGCUGGAGGUGUACGAGAAGCCCAAGCGGAAGUCCACACGCCGCCAUCUGGACGAGGACGAAGGGGAGGUUGCAGGGCUGCAGGGGCCAGAAGGGGAGGCGCCCUCUGAGCCGCCGAGCAGCAGCAUCAGCCUGGAGACCCUGCACAGUCGCAGCGAGGAGGGCCUGGACUUCAAGCCCUCCCCGCCGCUGUCCAAGGUCUCCGUCAUCCCCCACGAGCUAUUCUACUACCCGCACUAUGAGGUGCCCCUGGCUGCGGUUCUGGAGGCUUAUGCAGAGGGCUCGGAGGACUUGAAAAACGAAGACCUGGAUCUCGAGGAGCCGGACGGCUAUCUGUGUGAUGUGGGGGCCAGGGACAAGGCCGAGGAGGCCCAGGAGGUCGAGGUGUCUCAGAGCAGCUGCAGCUUCUUGGGGCUGGGCGAGGAUGUCCCCGAGGCCAGUAUCCCCGCGGUGCCAUGUCCCGUUGGGGGUGUGGAAGAUGCCAGACUGGCCUCAGAACCUGCCGACCUGUCCCCACCAGAUGACCACCAGCAAGGGGAGGCUGAAGACCGUUCCCACGUGGAGAACCAGCAGUCCCAGGAAUUCGGAAACCCGGGAAACUUAGCAAACUCUUUAGAAGAAAAGGUAAUGGGAGAAUCGAUCAGCAGUAAAAAAAAGGAGAAAAGGAAGCACGUGGACCACGUAGAAAGUUCCAUAUUUAUAGCACCUGGUAGCGUCCGAUCCUCAGAUGACCUCGAAGAAGACACUGGCGACCACAAAGUCCUCUCCAGGACUAGUCACAGUGACUCCAGCAUUUACAUUCGACGACAUACUAACAGGUCUUUGGAAUCGGAUCAUGUUAGCUAUGUUCAGUUGAGGAAUGCAGCAGAUCUGGAUGACAGAAGAAACCGAACGUUAACCAGGUACAAUACUCAGAAGCUCACUGAGCUGAUUUUACAGUUUUAUGGCAUCAGAGCAGACAUGAAGAGGGAGUACAAACAUGCCAGGAUGUCUAUGAAAGCCAACAACUCUGGCGAAGCCACAUUGCUAGAGAGCCAGAGCCCCCAGAGCGACUCUCUGACACAGUUUGUCCAGCAGCCGGAUAUGAUGUAUUUUAUUGUCUUCCUCUGGCUCCUGGUUUACUGCCUGCUGCUGUUCCCACAGCUGGACGUCAACAGAUUCUGAUGUGCGUGUCUGCAUAAUAAAAAUCCACAGGCCCCUGAGCAGGGGGCGGGA